GUAGAAAUCUAAAAAAAAAAAAAAAAAUGAACAGUAUUGUAAAGUAACUUUCAACCUGUAGUGAAAAUUUAUUUCAUUGAAUCUCAAACUUUUAUAAUAUUGAUUCUAAAGCAUCAUGCUGAAGACAUCCUAUCCUGUUGUAUCACCAUGGCAACAUGGAGUUGUGGAAUCCACUGAAUGGAUUUUACCUCAUGUUAGCAAUAACACAAGAUCGUUAACUUUUCACACAUUUGGUGGAAAUCGUUCAGACAAAUUGAUUAAAUAUUCACAGCAUGUAGAAGUGGAAAAAUUACCAUUUGUUGUAAAUUUGGAAAAUCCUCCAAAGUCAAGAGAUUUGGUUGAAAAUUCUGGAAAAUUUUCCGAAAGAGUUGUUAAAUUUCCAAGGACUAAUGUUGAGACUGAAAAUAAAUCCUUAACUGCAAGUUUAGAAAAGAACCAAACGACAAAUGAAUUAAAUGAACGAUUGACAACAUUGCAACAAAAAAUUGAAAUAAAGCCAAAAUCACCCGCAGAGGAAGAAAAUGGUGUGUGCAAUAGUAUCAAUGUUUCAGAUGGUGAAGUAAUUUCUCAGGAAUCUGAAUCACAGGAUAUCAAAACUGAUGAGGAUCCGAGAAAAUUACUCGUUAGCUACUUAUCCACCCCUACCACCAUGAGGGUUUCAUUUCAAAAUGGAACAGGAUCUCCAGCAAGAAUGAAUCGUCCUAAAACGGCAGCCUCCAUUUUGUCAGGGUCACCUCGCUCCGAGUGUGACCGAGUGUUCCAGGUAGAGCAUGAGCCGACACGCAGACACAAUCUCGAGACGCACAUACCCCACAAACGUUCGGCCAAGGCACCACCAUGGAUGAAGAAUGUGGAGCCCCCAAUGGUGCCCUGUGUGGUUGCCCCUGGAUACCUUCUGUCUCGAAGUAAAAGUAAAUUUGCAGUCACAAUCAAAGAUGAAUUUUUUGACCCAGUUGUGGAGGAAUCACAGAAGAAACAAGCAAACAAUGAAAGGGACUCCCUCAUCAGUCAACUACAGCAGCAGAUAUCAGACCUCAGUUUGUACCUGGAAGAGGAACGGCUAAACCAUCGACAAACCAAACAGAAGGCAGAAGAUUUCCUCAAAGACAAAAUGGAAGAAAUGAACAAUCAGCACAAAGAUAACAUCAGAGAGCUACAGGAAGAUCAACAAGAGGAAAUAGAAAAACUUACAAACACACUAAGUGUGGAACACAAUCAGUAUAAAAUCACAACUGAAGCUCAGAUCAACAAGAUGAAGAAGGAGAUUGAGUUUCUACAAGGGGCAUUUGAAUCAUACAAGAGUUCACUUCACGAGGAAAUGAACGAAAAAUGGAAUAAACGGGAACAAGAUCUCAAUGCAGAAUUGGAGGAACAGAAACUCAACUCCCUACAUGAAUUCAAGGCAAAGAUAAUGCAGGAAAAGAAUUCGGAGAGAAUCUCAUCAGGGAAGGAGCAUGGUCGCCAAAUGGACAGUCUACGCAGAGAACACAAGAAAGAGUUAGAUUCGGUAAUCAGGAGGUUUUCCAAUGUGGCUGCUGACUUGGAGCGACUCAAGAAAACUACAGCAGAACUCAAGGAGGUGAAAGUAGAGAUGGAACAAGUAAAAACUGCCUAUGACUCAACUUGUCAACAGAUGGCAAACACUACUCGGGAACUUGCUGAUGCGAGAGUCAAACUGAUGUCUUAUGAAGAACAGUUUGAAGAGAAAGUGUCGGGUGUUGACGAGAAGUACAAGAAGAAAAUCCAUGACCUAAUGACACAGAAUAUAGAGCUAAGACGAUUAUAUGUAGAAAAAUGUGAGGAAUUGUACAAUGAAAAAGUAAUGGGGGAAACAACACGGGCAGCAAGAGUUUCGUCGGCAAAGGAAGUCAUGCAUUCAAUGAUUAAAUCUAAACACAAAGCCAAUGUCAGCCUUAGCCCCGCGGUCCAACCCAAGUCCGAACAAAACCAGCCCCAACUGGAGCGCCCUGGGAGUGCCCCAAUAACACGGACGGAGUUGGACAGUGCUCAACAAUGUGCAGGGAAAUUCGAGGACUUGCUGAGACAAGACGCAGAGGAAGAAGCCCUCUUCAGUCCCUCAGUGAUUCUACCAGGGGACAGUGAGGAAGUGGAAAGGAUGAGGAAAGAGCUGUUAGAGGACAUUAGGGAAAAAGUGAAGGAAGAGGAUAAAGAGGAGGAGGAGGAAGAACUUAGAUUGGAUUUAUUUGAUUAAUACAAACAAAAAUGACUUAAAAAGGUUUUAUCAGAUCAAGAAAUGAGUAUACAUUUUAAUUAUUUUCUUUCAAAUACACAAAUAUGCUUUUGUAUAAACUUAGUUAUUGCGAUCUGCUUAUAAUGAUAGAUAAUUUCUCAUGGGAGUCAUUGUCUAUUGACCUUUAAAAACUCUAUAAAAAUAGUGCCAAAGGGUUUGUCCAAGUUUGUGUACGAUUUACAUUUGUACACAGUGCAUCUUAUAGUCAUUGUCUACUAUACAAACUCUGGAAAUUUAAAUCUGAGGUCAAUACAGCAAAUUUCUUUAAAACAAAUCAUAAGGCUAUUUAAUUUCUUUAACACUGCGAAAUGAUACAGACAGGAUAAUGGGAGCCCUAUCUAAAUUAUGAAAUAAAUUCCUUUUGUAAAAUUAGAAUAUUGAUAUUUUUUUAUUGUAUAUCAAUCUCAUUUUAGUGUGUAGAUCUACCUCAAUUCAGUAGUAUAUCCCAUUUUUUUUCAUUUUUUUUUUUGCCACUAAAUGUUAUAAUUAUUAUCACAAUUUGCAAUCAUGACAUUUAUAGGACUAGAUUUGCUUAGAGUUGAGAGAUAAAUUUCAUUUUUGUUUUGUAAAAUGUUUUCAAAUAAAAUUCAAUUGGAAAAUGCAUUGAAAGAUAUGAAAUAUAGAAAACAAUUCUUAUGAAACGACCAUGAGAUUGGCUGUAUUUUUUUUUCAUUUUAUGAUACUUUAGCUCUAAAUCAUGAAUUAAUUCAACAAGAUUUGAAGAAUUGGUUUUCUAGAAAGAUCACUUCUACUCCCUUCAAUGAAAACUGAGAGAGAGAUUGAAAUAUACCAGUAGUCUAUUGUUUCAUUAUAUUAUCAGAACUUUCAGAUAUUUUCUGUGACCUUUCCAUGUUAUUCAAUCACAUUGUUAUUUCUAUGGUAACUGUUGUAUAAAAUAAUGAGAGUUUCCACAUGCCAAAAACUGUAAGGGCUAUUCCAGAAUUAUUUGUGUGGGAUAGGUCGGAUAGGAAGUGGGGUUAAAGGACCCAUAUUUCUAGAAUUGUUUAUACUAAAUAUGGUUUAAUAUUUGAUGUGUGGUGGGGUCUCUGAAUAAAUGCCUCCCACCCCUUUCACACGGAUCAUUUUGGAACAGUCCUGAGGAUAUAUAAAAAAAUGUUAAUGAUUAAGUUUAUAAUAAAUUGUGUCAUUUUUAUGAAUUUUUUUCUUUAACAUGUAUAUGCCCAAUUGUUGCAAGGAUGGAGAGAUAUAUGAAAAUUAAGACAAAUUAUAUCAAUGCAGAAUCGUUUACUUUUGGAUACAUAUUUUGGUGAAGUACAUGUAAGGGUAAUUUUGUAUUCCUUUCAUGAUCAACUGACUAUUGAAAUGAAAAUUUGUUUUUGCAUAAUGUAUACCUCUAAUAAAUGACUUUUUAACAACUUUUUUAAUGAUUGCCAAAUUCAAGUAUGAAGCAAUAGUCAAGUAUUAAAUAUUUGUUGUUAAUUAAAGGGCUGUUUUCUUGGAAAUUACUUAUACAUUUCAUAGAGGAAAUUCUUAUUGAUGAAUUGAAAUGUACUUAAAGAUGUUAUAGGGUAAAUAUUGUCAAUCUUAUCAUUUUCAUCAAAUAUCAUGGAGUAUAUAGAUCAUCUAAAAUUUUGAUUUCUGUGUAAGCAUGUUUCAAAUAUUUAUUUUAUGUUUCAUGAUAGUAACAAAAACAUGAAUCUCAUUGUUAUGAUGUUAUUGUUUUGUGUUUCAGACUUAAACCUGCUUAUCUUAGACUUAACAUAUGCUGAAACAGUUGAUUCAGAAAGGCAGUCUGUGACUGUAAUCAAUAGAUUUCAAAUGUAUAACAGUAAUAGAUUUUAUUUUCCAUGCAUAGCUACCUGUAUGUUAAAAUUGCACAGAAACAAUUGAUUAUGAAGUAUAUGACUUUUUAUCUUGAAAUUGGGAAUUUCACCAUGUGUUUUAGGAAUUGGACCCUGUCCUAAAAUUUGGAAAAUCUGUUGGUAUUUUACUGAAAAUUGUACAAAUGACAUUUACAGUACAUUGUAUUUUGAUAUUUUUUUUUUAUCAAAAUCCAAAAUAUUUAAAAAAAAAAAAAAAAAAAAAAA